CAAGGCGCUGGGCAGUGUUAGUGAGCAAGUCCCAGGAAUCCUGGGAACCAACAAUCCACAGUCACAUCCCAGAAAAAUAACCCUGCCUGUCUCUGAGGGUGAACGACACCCUCGAUUCCUCGGAGUCCGCGUCCGUGUUCAGAUCUCUGCAAAACAUCAACACUUCUAUCUCGGACUCCCACUGGGUUCCCGCUGGGCCUCCUCGAAACGCUAACGGAUUAAGGGGCGGUGAGUAGGGAAGGUUUGGGGAGGUAAGGGAGCAAGAAAGCGGGGAAGGAACAAGGUGCGUUUCCCUCUUCUAAUCGUGUUCCAAUCAGGAGUCGUGUACCCAGGCGCCGAUUCUGGCCGUUCAGAGACUCUUCCAGGAACCGCCGGCCGCCUGGCCGUGGACUUUGGCUGGUCUGGCUUCCGCGGCUCCCUCUUCUCUCCUUCCUCCAGGCUCUGUGCCUCACUCAGGGGCGUGUCCUGCUCUACCUCCCUGUCACAGUGGUCCACUCAUCCGGUUACAGCAGCAGUUCCAGCAGCAGCGGCGGCAGCCAGAACAGGAGCAGCGAUAGCUACGGUUUCCAGAACAGGAGCCGGGGCAGCGGCGGCAGCUCAGUGCUGGGCACCUGUGCGGAGCAGGAGUAGCAGGACCAGGGGGUGGGGUCGGUGCCAGCCACUCUGAGCCAGAGAAGGAAGGGGCACCUCCCAGAUUCCGCUGCUGGGAAUAAUCUCCAGGGGAGGUGGCACCGAACUGGGAAUACUGGUGGGGGUGAACAUGUGCAGGAACAGCUAGAGGCCUCGGGGCGGGAAAACAUUUGGUCUACGUGUGGACAGGCAAGGAAAGCUGUCUGGGACCAUGGCAGCCUCCCGCCUGGACUUUGGGGAGGUGGAAACUUUCCUGGACAGGCACCCAGAGUUGUUUGAAGAUUACUUGAUGCGGAAGGGGAAGCAGGAGAUGGUUGAAAAGUGGCUGCAGAGGCAUAGUCAGGGUCAGGGGGCUUUAGGUCCAAGGCCCUCUUUGGCUGGUACCAGCAGCUUGGCUCACAGCACCUGCAAAGGUGGCAGCAGCAUUGGUAGUGGCAUUGAACCAAAUGGCUCUGCCCAUAGCCAGCCUCUUCCCGGUGGCGGGGACUGUGGUGGGGUUCCCUUGAGUCCCAGCUGGGCCAGUGGCAGCAGGGGCGAUGGGAACCUGCAGCGGAGAGCUUCUCAGAAAGAGCUAAGGAAGAGUUUUGCCCGCUCCAAGGCCAUCCACGUGAACAGGACUUACGAUGAACAGGCGACCUCCCGGGCUCAGGAACCCCUGAGCAGUGUACGACGGAGGGCACUUCUCCGGAAGGCCAGCUCCCUGCCCCCCACCACAGCCCAUAUUCUCAGUGCGCUGCUGGAAUCGAGAGUGAAUCUGCCUCAGUAUCCUCCUACAGCCAUCGACUACAAGUGCCACCUGAAAAAGCAUAAUGAGCGUCAGUUCUUUCUGGAAUUGGUCAAAGAUAUCUCCAAUGACCUUGACCUCACCAGCCUGAGCUACAAGAUUCUCAUCUUUGUCUGCCUUAUGGUGGACGCUGACCGCUGCUCUCUUUUCCUGGUGGAAAGGGCAGCUGCUGGCAAGAAGAGCUUGGUCUCCAAAUUCUUUGAUGUGCAUGCAGGAACCCCUCUGCUGCCUUGCAGCAGCACAGAGAACUCAAAUGAGGUGCAGGUCCCCUGGGGCAAAGGCAUCAUUGGCUAUGUCGGGGAGCAUGGAGAAACGGUCAACAUUCCUGAUGCCUACCAGGUAGGACUUUGCAUUGUCCCCUUCUCCCAGAACCCCAUGGGCUUGGGAGAUAAGCUUUCGGUUAUCCUCUGGCAUCCAGGAACACAUUAA